GUUGUACAGUCUAUGGACAUAUUUUCGCGCAACAGCUGACUGGCAAACGUCAAAUAAAUUGACAAUACCGUGAUGUCACAAUGUUAGUUCUAACCUUUGCUCCUUGAAUAUUAUCUUCUAUUAUGAAAUAAAAAUACAGGCGAAGUAACUGUUUCAUGAAUACAAGCAACAACAAUCAAGGUUUUGACGUUUGUUGGACUUUACACUCACUGAAAAUUUAUAUAUAUUUGAAUGAAGUCUGUUCACAAAGUUAUUAAGUUAAGCAUGUCUCUAAGUCCAGAAAUCCUGUUAUCUAGUGCCGCAAGAGAAAGGUGUAUUUCUAACAUAGCCGAAUUACCGUCUUUUAAUGUAAGAGGUGGAAACCCGAAACAUACUGCAUCUGUAUUAGUUCCUGUGUGUGUGGAUAACAGUGAGGUCUGUCUUUUGUAUACAUUGAGGUCGAGUAAUCUUAGCUCACACAGUGGUCAAGUCUCAUUUCCUGGUGGGAAAAUUGACAAAGACGAGACUGUGUACGAUGCUGCGCUUCGGGAAGCGGAAGAAGAAAUAGGUGUGCUUGCCAAAGACAUUAAUAUUUGGACCAAAAUGAACCAAGUUCAAGGUCGAGAUGGGAACAUGUUAAUUACACCUGUUGUGGGCGAGAUUAUGAAUUUUGAUAUGAAGAAGUUGACUCCAAAUGAAGGUGAAGUAGCUGAUAUAUUUACAAUUCCAAUGAAUGUUUUCUGUGACACAAAUAAUCAUGGUUGCUAUAAAUACAAUAAUUAUGCCAUACCAGUUUACAAUGGCGGCAAACACACAGUUUGGGGUAUAACAGGAAUAAUCACACAUAUGUUCUUGAAUUCCUUCUUACCAAAAGAACUUUACUGUCCAGACUUUUUACGAAAAGAAUAUAAACUCCAGGAAUUGAUGCCUGCAAAACUAUAGGCAAGCUGUAAAAUUAAUAGACAAUUUCAAAUAUUUUUUUAUUCUAUAUACACAUGGGUCUCGAGGUAUUGUAAUAAAUCCUAUAUUGUGUAAUCUAAUAAGCUUUUAGAAUAAUUGUCAGAGUACAUAAUUAUAAUAUUUAGUAGGAACCUACUUUUAUGUGAGAAGUACAUUUCAUCAUAAUAUGUGGA